AUGCAGAAUGUUUCGCAAGAAUCCUCUACAGAUAAUCCGAAAAUAGAUAAAGUGACUGUUCUCCACGAACUAGGGAACUCAUCGUCUACUCCCCAAUCGACGACGUCCAAUUCAAGUCCAGCUAAAUCAGAAACUGAAACGUAUUCAGAACAUCGCAGAUAUAUGUCAGAAACAUCAGAAAGCGAGGAAGAUAGUGUAUCAGAGGUAGGAUAUUAUAAAUUAGCGUUUGUCCCUUGUUUUUCACGUUAA